GGAUCACUUCAACCGACCAGGCAAGAUAAUCACAUAUAAACGUCCUGAUCCCUUCAAAAAGAUCCCCAACCCCUCCUGGGUCACCAACCGCCAGCCAUUCAGCUUGCCCUACCACUUCAGCGCGCUGAAGAAAGAUGCUGAUAAGGAGAAGGCGUGUCUGACCGAGUGCAGGAGAGAGAGAGACGAAGUGGAGGCCUACUGCACGAGUGAAUUCGCAGUGAACGGAAUUGUUUAUAACGUGGAAGGACUGGGGAAUGGAGUCCACUUGAUUACGCUUUUGGUAAACAGCGAUGGAUUAUACAAGAUGAGUCGCUUGUAUAUUAUUCCUGAUGGCUUCUUCUUUCGAGUUCACAUUCUAGUUGUGGAUACUUUAAACUGCAGUAAACCGUGUCCAGACUUUAAACUUGGCAGCAGAUACAUUGUGAUGGGUCGGAUCUACCACAAGAGACGACAGAUCCCUGCAGACCUGCUGCAGUUCCUGCGAGGGCGGCUGAGGCCGGGGGAUGGAUUGCUCAGGAGCAGCAGCAGCUACGUCAAGAGAUUCAACAGGAAGAGGAACCGCAAAGUGCAAGCGGCUCACACCAAAUGCAGAUAAGGCUCCAGUAACCUCGCUCUGGGACACAGGCAGCAGCAGA